CCGCCCGCCCGCCUCCCGGGCCGUUCCUUCCAGCGGCCUCACUCGUGCCCAAGAUGGCUGCCGCGGCGUUUCUCCGGGGCGCAGCUCCGGGGCGUGGCGGACUUGCUUGGCGUUGGCGGCUACGCGCGGUCCUGAAGCACCGCCUAGCUCACGGCUUGAGCCGUCAAGGCGACAAACCUGCGGGCGACACAGCCUGGGCCUGUUUCCCCCUGGGCGAACGCGCCCUGGUGCGCGUGCGCGGGCCGGAGUCGGCGCCCUUCCUCCUGGGGCUGCUGACCAAUGAGCUGCCGUUUCCGGGUCCUGCCGACGGUGCCGCCCCGCCCCCGGCGAGCGCGGGCUACGCCCACUUCCUCAACGUUCAGGGACGUACGCUCUAUGACGUCAUUCUUUACAGAGCACCCUGUUCCUGUGUCCUGGAUGCAGCAUCUUCUCUCAGGGUUCCUGAGCACCCUGACCAGGCACCUGCCUUUCUCCUGGAGUGUGACAGCUCGGUGCUGGGCGCGCUGCAGAAGCACCUGGCACUGCACAAGAUCCGGCGGAAGGUCACGGUGGAGCUGUGCCCUGAGCUGUGUGUUUGGGCCCUGCUGCCCCACUCCCCAGGCUCCCCGGAGGAGGCUGGUAGAGCUGUACUGUUGCAGGAGCAGGAGGGCGCCACCAUCCUCACCCGUGACCCCCGCACUGCCCGCAUGGGCUGGCGGCUCCUCGCUCAGGAUGAGGGCCCUGCUCUGGUAUCUGGGGGCAGGCUUGGGGACCUCCAGGAUUAUCACCGACAUCGGUACUUGCAAGGCGUUCCCGAGGGGGUCCAUGACCUGCCCCCAGGAGUGGCCCUGCCCCUGGAGUCCAACCUGGCUUUCAUGAAUGGAGUCAGCUUCACAAAGGGCUGCUACAUUGGCCAGGAGCUGACAGCCCGAACCCAUCACAUGGGCGUCAUCCGCAAACGCCUCUUUCCCGUGCAGCUCUUGGGCCCCCUCCCUGUGGGCGGCAUUGCCCCCAGCACCACGGUGUUCACAGAGUCUGGACAGGCCGCCGGCAAGUACAGGGCCGGCCAGGGGGACGUGGGGCUGGCCCUGCUGCAUUCGGAGAAAAUUAAGAGUCCUCUACAUAUCAGAACCGCUGGGAGUGGCCGGGUGACCCUGACUGCGUCUGUGCCAGACUGGUGGCCCACAACCAUCAAGUAGCCCCUAUGUACUUGUACUGCCACACCUGUAGGCUGGCUCGAACUUCCCAGAGUGGCCCCGGGGAACAUGUACCGUUGGAAGGUUCCUGAGUGUAUUUGGACUCCUGGGACUGCAGGCAGGCCACCAUGCUUCCUGCAGACACCGGCAUCUGUGUUGGGCGUAACAAGAGCAAGCCCUGCGCCUGACCCUGCUGCGUGGAGCCCUAGCUUCCAGCUAACCCGGGAUGAGGUUCCAAACCAUGUUGGCCUGGAGGCCGUUUGUUUAUCAGCCAAGGACAGAGUGAGGAGCCACACUCCUGGGCCUUUCCCGCUGCCUACACCACUCAGCCUGCUCUGGGGCGGGCCUGGGAGGAAGGCAGUGUAGGCUCUGUGGAUGGCAACAGGCGGGUGGCUCUGGGAAUUGGCUUCUGUGUGGGCUUGAGGCAUGUCUUAGGGUGGGAAUCGUGCAGUUCUGGCGUCCGUGGGUGGAGGUGUGUGCACUGCCCACAAGCCCCACAAAAGGUUCUCCCAAGUGCACUCUGCUUGGGGCAUGGGAGCCCUGGCACCUUGUCAUGGCAGGUGCCACAGCUCCACAGUAUCGGCUCCAUGUAGCCUGGGCAGCCCUGCCUCAGGGAGCCCGUGUGAGCUCGGCGGGCCAUGUGCAGGGAAGAGCUUCUGCCUGGUUUACUGUUGUGGCUUUCUGAUGUGGCAGGGGGACCACUUGCUUCCCCCUUUAAAACACUGAUAUCCUUCCUAUCACUGCAUUGUGAACGUCAUGUUUACGGGUGACCCAACUAAUGCCCCAGAGCAGCUAUUAAAGGUUGACCCGGG